UUAUAAUCCAGGAUGCAGGGCCAAACUACGGCAUUCUUUUCCGUACUCAAAUGAGAACUGCGAACGUAAGCAGCUUCUAUGGUCUUAGCAAACAAGUUGUCUAUUCAAUGUUCUCAAAAUCUCUGUCUUCCAGUAAAACUAGAAGAGAAGUACACAAACUCAACUCACUGAUCAUCACUUUAGGAUUACACCAAUCUGUGUUGUUCUCUGGCCAACUCAUAAGCAAGUAUGCCCAACUCAGAUACCCCAUUUCUUCCCUCUCAGUUUUCCACCAAGUUUGGCCCAAACACAAUCCCUAUCUAUGGAACUCAAUCAUCAGAGCACUUAUCCAUAAUGGGCUUCACUCAAAAGCUCUUGACCAUUACAAUGAAAUGCAUGGAAUGAAUGUUCAGCCUGAUAGGUACACAUUUCCUUCAGUGAUCAAUGCCUGUGCUGGGUUGUGUGAUCUGGAAAUGGGUAUGGUUGUGCAUCACCGUAUUCUGGAGAAGGGUUUCGGCUCAGACUUGUAUAUAUGUAAUGCAUUGAUAGAUAUGUAUGCUAGAUUCGGUGAACUUGGUAAUGCACGCCAUGUGUUCGAUGAAAUGCCUGAAAGAGAUAUUGUGUCGUGGAAUAGUCUGAUUUCAGGGUACGGUUCAAAUGGAUAUUGGGAGGAAGUUUUGAAAAGGUGUAGAUUAAGAAUUGAUGGGUUGUUACCGGAUUGUUUUUCGAUAUCUAGUGUUCUGCCUGCGUGUGGAGGCUUGGUUGAUGUUAAAGAGGGUCAGUUAGUUCAUGCUAUGGUUGAAAAGAUUGGAGUGCAUGCAGAUGUUUUAGUAAGUAAUGGGCUUCUCUCAAUGUACUUCAAAUUUGAUUGGUCUAAAGAUGCUCAAAUUCUUUUUGAUGAGAUGGUAGUUAGGGACUCUGUUAGUUGGAACACUGUGAUUUGUGGGUACUCGCAGUUGGGAUUAUUUGAAGGGGCAAUCAAUUUGUUCAGGGUAAUGAUAAAGGAAUUCACACCUGAUUUGCUAACAAUCACAUCCGUGCUCCGUGCUUGUUCACAUUUACAAGACUUGGAACUUGCAAAAUAUGUUCAUGGCUACAUGAAAAGAAGUGGUUUUGAAUUUGAUACAAUGGCGAACAAUGUACUUAUUGAUACGUAUGCAAAAUGUGGAAGUCUAUUAGCUUCACGGGAAGUAUUUGACUACAUGGAAUGCAGAGAUUCUGUGUCAUGGAAUUCUAUGAUCAAUGGUUACUUUCUUAAUGGUUGUUUUGAUGAAGGGUUAAAUCAUUUUAAGAUGAUGCGGAGUAACAUGACACCUGAUUCUGUGAGUUGUGUGACGAUCCUGUCUGUCUAUACUCAACUCAGACAUGUGGACCAGGGGAAAAUGAUCCACUGUGAUAUAGUGAAACUGGGAUUUGAUUCAGAUGUUAUUGUCAACAAUGUUCUUGUCGAUUUUUAUGCUAAAUGUGGCAAAAUACAAGAUGCACUAAAAGUAUUUGACAGCAUGACAGCACGUGAUGUUGUGUCAUGGAAUAGCAUAAUUUCUGCAUGCAUUCAUAAUGAAGACUGUAGUUUAGGUUUCAGAAUGAUUUUUAGAAUGAGAAAUGAGGGAGUGAUGCCUGAUAUGGCAACAAUGUUAGGUAUCUUACCAGUGUGUUCCUCUGCCAAACGAAAAGGACAAGAGAUCCACGGCUGCAUUUUCAGGUUAGGAUUUCAUUCAGAUGUUCCAGUUGGGAAUGCACUAAUAGAAAUGUACUCUAGUUGUGGUCGCUUGGAAACCUCCAUACGAGUAUUUGAGCAAAUGUACAUAAAGGAUGUGGUGACAUGGACUUCGUUGAUCUCUGCAUAUGGGACAUGUGGUGAAGGUGAGAAAGCAUUGAGAGCUUUUGAAGAAAUGGAAGCAACUGGUGUUCUUCCUGAUCAUCUAGCUUUUCUGGCCGUCAUAUAUGCUUGUAGCCAUUCAGGUUUGGUAGAAGACGGUCUGGCUUACUUUGACCGAAUGAAAAAACACUACAAAGUUGAGCCUAGGAUGGAGCACUAUGCUUGUGUAGUUGACCUCCUAUCCCGCUCUGGGCUAUUAGCUCAAGCCGAGGACUUUAUCCAUACAAUGCCGAUGAAGGCAGAUGCAAGUAUAUGGGGAUCUUUACUUAGUGCUUGCCGAGAAAAUGGAGAAGAAAAGAUAGCUGCACAUGUCUCAGAGCAGAUAGUUCAAUUGAAUUCUUAUGACACGGGGUAUCAUAUUUUGGUGUCGAAUGUAUAUGCAGCUUUAGGGAAGUGGGAUAAGGUGAGAAUGAUGAGGAAAUACAUGAAAGCUAAAGGACUCACAAAAGAUCCUGAAUUUAGCUGGAUGGAGAUUCAAAAGAAGGGCUGAGGUUGUAUUUGGUAGUUGUUGGUUUGCUGGGCUGGCAAGGGUAUGAUGAUUUGCGAUUUAUCUCACUUCUGAGAAGGAUGAGAUGAAAAACAUUAUAAGACAGGGAUAGGCUGGCCAUAUCAGGUCCAAUGUUUGAAGGAGAUUUACCAGACUGAUUUGAGAUAUGGUACAGAGUUUAUAUAUCUGCAGGCGAGGUUCUGAAAGGUUGAGAUCUGGGACUGUAAUUGGAAAUAUGAAUGUACCUGCCAGCACUCUUGUGGCUUUGGUCUGAUAUGAUUGGGAACAGUUUUGUGUGUACUUCUAAAAGAGCAGGACUUGUCAUUUUCUCAACAUGCUUUAAAUUUCAAUUGUUGGAUGUUGAAACCGAAUAAGACAUCGGCCAAUGACAGGAAGAGGAAGUUACCAAUGACAGGUACUACUAUCCCUUAGCUUGAAUAAUUUCGCAAGUCAUAAAUUUCUAGUAGGAUUAUAUCUCUUGGUCGAGUCUCUUAAUUGCUAGAAUGUUGUUGUGGUUUCUUUUGCAGUUGAUAAUAGUACUGUUAGGAUUUCAUGGCUUAUUAAUUAGUGAGUUUUUGUUGACGUUUUGGUGAUGGAAAAGUCCUGGAGACGUUUGCAUUUUUAUUGAGUUUGAAUAAGUUGAAAAGUGUAAAGUUAUAUGCAGCCGUGUGAUUUGGAAAGGUAUUGAAAACAGAGGAACAGGAAGCCAAGUUUGCGGCCUAUGGAAAAGCAAUAUGUGUCCGCCAUGUGAUAAUGGUAUUGGUGAGAAUGACCACGAAAUGGAUGCUGAAGAGGAGUAACAUGAAGAUUAUUUUGGCUAUAUGCAUUAAGCUUAUUAGGUUUUCGUGAGUUACUAUUCAUUAGAACGUUGACUAUGGUUUUUUUUUUUUUGAGAAAUAGAUAACUUCAUUACUUAUCCAUGGCCAGAAGGCACGUACAUCAUAAGUUGUCUCAUACCAACAGUUUUAGAUGGCACAAGCCGCCAAACAUAUGACAGGUGAUCUUCACAGUAAACAAAAUAUGCACAAUUACUUUUUGUGCCUAGCCAAAUGAAAACAAAAUCCAAACUAUCUAAGUUCUUGCUAUAGCAACCCUAAUCACCUAGAUACCUCAAUUGGUGUACGACUAGAGAAGCUAACUUACAUAGCACCAAACUCUAACUCAAUUUAGUCACAAGAGCAGGAAACUAGAGUUUCCUUUUGCCCUUUUCCAGAAAUUCAACCACAAUGUCUCCUGGAUCCCAAAUCCAACUCAUAGGAGAAGUUAAACCCAACGUAUGGGCUGAGUUGGGCCCAGCAGCAGCUUAGAGCCCCGUUGCAGCUGUCGGCCGUCGCCGAAUGCAGUCGUCAUCCGUACCCAGUACAGCCACCAUACCAACUACCUUCGAACAGCCAAACUAGCGAUUCCGAGCAACCAAAAAAGUGACUCCGAACAGCCAAGCUAGCGCUACCAGCAAAUUAACCCAAGAUCCAAGCAACUCCGGCACCACAUGCAUCCAGACCACAAUUGUUGACCACACUAGCGGCGUCGGCAUCAAACUUCUCAGAGCUAUCCACCGAAGCAGGACUCUGCCACCGUUCUGUAGCGCCGCCACCAGCAGACUUGUCCCACCAUCAAAGACCUGCCAAACCCUAAAGGAAUGAUGCCCCGAUCCAUACCAGAUCCCAGAUCUCCUCUCAGACUAUAAUCACGAAGUCGUUUACGUCUCGGCCGGAGAAUGAAGGGGAUCGCUACUACACAAACCACAAAAUUGGAGGUACCGAAGACCUCCCUGGAAGCAGCCUACGAGAGGCGGCACUAGGGUUUUGAGAGGGCACGCUCUCGCUCUCGACUCUCAUCUUUUUUUUUUUUUUGAACGUUGACUAUGGUUAUUCACACAUGGAUGCUCUUAAUUAGUUGCAAAAUUGUAUUAAAUCGUGUAUA